GGGAAAGGGCGCCGGUAACUGCUUCAGUGCCGAGCCUGCUGCUGCUACUGCUGCCCCCAAGCCUACGACCACUCCUGCAGCUACUCCCGCGCCUGCCGUCGCUCCCAAGACCGCUCCAGCAGCUCCCAAGAACGGCACCAUGGUUAAGAUCGCGGUCAUCUACUACAGCACCUACGGGCACGUGAAAACCCUGGUUGAGAAGAUAGUCGAGGGCGUCAACUCGGUGGACGGCGCCGAGGCAACCAUCUUCCAGGUGGCUGAGACGCUCCCUGCCGAGGUGCUGGCCAAGAUGCACGCCCCCCCCAAGCCAGACCACCCCAUCAUCACCGCCAAUGACCUCAAGGACUACGACGGCUUCCUGAUGGGCUUCCCCACCCGGUUUGGCAUGAUGGCAUCCCAGUUCAAGGCUUUCCUCGACUCCACCGGCGGGCUGUGGCAAGCAGGGGCGCUGGUUGGCAAGCCCGCGGGCAUCUUCACUUCGGUCGCCACCCAGGGCGGCGGCCUGGAGACCACCGCGCUCACCGCCAUCACCCAGCUGACCCACCACGGCAUGAUCUUCGUGCCCACCGGCUACACUUUUGGUUCCAGCAUGUUUAACGUGGGCGAGGUGCAGGGCGGCACCCCCUACGGGAGCUCUACCAUCGCCGGCGCUGACGGUUCCCGCCAGCCAUCCAAGCACGAGCUCGACUAUGCCGUCCACCAUGGCAAGUACUUUGCCGGCGUGGCGGCCAAGCUGGCAAAGUGAGGCGGGAUCCGGCUGCUGCUUCAGCAGCCACGGCAGCGACCGCGCUGGCAGGGCUGGGCCGCGGCGGUUGCCCCGAUGGCCUGAGGGCUCCAGCGCCU